AUGGCAGAUCCUAAGACCUUCUGGCUUGGAGCAGCCUUGUCUCUCACCUCCUUAGUUUUCCUAGUCUCUUGUGUUGAUGCAGCUUCAUUUCAACAUUACCAGCUGCUUCAGAAAGACCCAGACUACAGAUUAAAAAACUUUCAAAGAUUCCCCAGCCCUGAUAUGAUCAAGGCCUUGGAGUACAUAGAAAACCUUAGACAACAAGCUAACAAAGGGGAAAUCAACCCAGAGUAUAAUUCCUACCAGGGAGUUCCAGUUCCCCUGCAGCAGAAAGAAAGUAUUGAUCAAAGCCAUUUGCCAGAAAAUUUAAGGGAUUCCUUGAACGAAGAUGAGUCACAUUGGAUUCGAAUAAUACUAGAAGCCUUGAGACAAGCUGAAAAAGAGCCUCAGUCAGCACUUAAAGAAAACCAGCCUUUUCCCUUAAAUUCUGAAAAGAACUUUCCUAUUGAUAUGAGUGAAGAUUAUGAAGCUCAACAGUGGCCAGAGAGAAGACACAAGCAUGCCAAGUUGCCACACAUGUAUGAAGAAAGCUCCCGAGACAACCCUUUUAAACGUACUAAUGAGAUUGUGGAAGAGCAAUACACUCCCCAAAGCCUUGCAACUCUGGAAUCUGUUUUCCAAGAGCUGGGGAAGCUGACUGGGCCAAACAAUCACAAGCGUGAGAGGGUUGAUGAGGAACAAAAAUUAUAUGCAGAUGAUGAAGAUGACAUCUACAAAGUUAACAACAUUGCCUAUGAAGAUGUUGUUGGUGGAGAAGACUGGAACCCAAUAGAGGAAAAAAUAGAGACCCAAACUCAGGAAGAAGUAAGAGACAGCAAAGAGGAAAUUGACAAAAAUGAGGAAGAAAUUGAUGACGAGAUGAAGCGUUCAGGACAAUUUGACAUCCCAGAUGAAGAUCUUAGGAAAGAAAACAAGGAUCAACUUUCAGAUGAAGUGUCCAAGCUAAUGAACUAUUAUUUGAAAAAGUUAGUUAAUGGUGUAGGAAAUGGGAAGUUCAGGGGCAUACAAAAUGAAGAAAAGAGAUCAGGCAAAUUUUUUGAGAAACAAUUUGAUCCUCAGUCAAUUUAUCAGUUAAUUGAAAUAUCAAGGAAUUUGCAAAUUCCACCUGAGGAUUUAAUUGACAUGCUCAAAACUGGGGACAAGCCAAAUGAAAGAGUGGAGCCUGAGCAGGGACCUGAACUGCCAGAUGACCUAGAGGAAAUCUCAGAGACUGAUAUAGAAAGUCCUGAUUUGUUCCCAAAUAAGAUGGGUUCCCAGAGUAGCUAUGGAAAACAAUCUGGACAUGCUGUGACAGAUUCCCUACCUGAAGGUCUUAAUAUUGAGGACAUUUUAAAUCUUUUAGGGACUGAGAAUUCAGCAAAUCAAAAAGCCCCAUAUUUUGCUAACCAGUUUAAUAGAGAGAAUAUUCUCCCAAGGCUCUCUUAUUCUCCUGGAAGACCUAGGGGACAACAAAUUCCCAAAGCUGCUUGGAUUCCAGAUCUGGAAAAGAGACAAGUAACAUAUGAAAACAUGAAAGAGAAGGAUGAAGAAUUAGGAGAUUAUUUAGCUAAAAUGUUAGCUAAAUACCCCGAGGUUAUGAAUUCAAACCAGAUGAAACGGGUUUCUAUCCCAGGCUCCUCUGAUGAUGAACAACAAGAAGAGGAACAAAUUGAGCAGGCCAUCAAAGAGCAUUUAAGCCAGGUGGGAUCUCAAGAGUCUGAUAAACUGGGCUCUGUCACCAAAAGGCUCCCUCUGGUUACCCAGGAGAAUGAUGAAACCCAGAACAGACAGUACCUAGAUGAAGAUCUAUUGCUGAAGGUUCUGGAAUAUCUCAACCAGGCAAAAACAGAAAAGGGAAGAGAGCAUAUUACUAAAAGAGCAAUGGAAAAUAUGUAGGUUGCUUCUGUCAAUUGCCCUGCCUCCCCUCAAUUGCCCCAAGG